AUGGGUCAGUGGGCGCAAGAAGCGGUGCUGCGAUUCCGGAACGCCAAGAGGGACCUGGAGUAUGAUCGCACCAACGCUGCCUUGGAUGAGGCCACACAAGCGUAUGCUGCAUUCCAAGUCGCCGCGGACGCGGAGGGCAUGGCUGAGUGCGUGCGCAUCGUGUGCCACGCAAUGGCACGUCAAGGCCUACGUAAGCAAGCGAUUCAGAUGGCGACGGAGGAGCUGGAGAAGUUUCGCGAGCAGAGCAAGAAGCGAGCCGAGGCGUUGAUGCUGCUGACGCUGGCGGAGAUCAAGCUGAAUGCCAGCGCCAAGGAAACACGGGAAGAAGCGGCUCAGUUGGCAAAUCAGGCAAAGAGCGCCUUCCAGACAAUGAAGGACCGAAGGAUGGAAGGGGAGAGCUGUCUUGCCAAUGGCAAUGCACUGCUGAAGUUGGAGGGCACUGCAGGGCCUGCCGCCGAGGCCUUCGAGCAUGCCAGAUCCACUUUCCGCAGCCUACAAAGUCUGCAGCUUGAGGGCCGUGCCCUGCAUGGCUUGGCUUGCUGCCGUGCAAAAGGCGGCAGAUUCGACCAGGCUGUGCAGCGAGGCAAUGAGGCUUUGGAUUGCUUCGUGGACAGAAACGAAUGUUUGGAAGCAGCUGAGUUGGAAGCUAUCAGCUCGUGGCAGCUCGAGUUGGGCGACAGCCAGUCUGCCCUGAAAUCAGCAGAGCAAAGUCUAGCGCUGGCGGAGGCCUGCAGCCCUCGCCGGCAAGCUUUAGCUUUGCGCGCCUUGGUACGCGCCUACAUUGCCCAGGGGAAGGCCGGCCUGGUGCUGGGCAAUUGUGUGGAGGCAGUAUCAAAGUUCCAAGAAGCGAAUGCCAGGGAAGCAGAGUCAAUCGGACUUUUGGCACUAGUGGAGUGCUCCAUUGCUGCUGAGGAUACCUUGGACAGGACAAUGCAGGCUGCCACAGAUGCCUGCCUGGCUUUUCGGGAGCUGGGUGAUGCCCAGCAAGAAAUGCAAAUGUUAUGCACUAUGUCCCGGCAGUGUUUGCGACGUAGGCAGCUUGACCAGGCUGAGGAUCAUGCUCGAACUGCGCUGCACAUUGCGCAGGCCGUUGAUGACAGGGCUUUGCGUGCCGAGUCCGUCGGCUUGCUGGCAGAUGUUUUUCUGGCCAAGCCUAACAGCGACAAGGCAUUGGCCAUCCUGAAGCAGGAGCAGGCCAUCAAUCGAAAUGACCGGGACGCCCUGGGUCAGGCAUUGUGCCUGCUGUCCAUGGCCAAUGUGCACAUGGAGCUGAGCAAACCCAAGGAGGUGCUGGCCUGCGCAGAAGAAGCGCGGGCACUCUUCAGAUCCAUGGGGGACAAGAUGGGCGAGCUUUCAGCACUUCAAAUCACAGCGGAUGUCCAUGCACGCGCGAUGCGCUAUUCGGACAUGCUGGCGACGCUGGAGAAGGCGCUCCAGCUGGCCACUGGUGUUGGUGACACCGUCACGGAAGCAAGCCUCAACGUCAGCAUUGCGCAGGCCACGAUGGGUUUGAUGGAAGUGGGCCACGAUGCACCUGAUAGCCCAGCCUUCAAAGAGCUCGCCUCCAAGGCAGCCCAGGUUGCCAAGAAGGCAGUGGGUUUGGCACGACGGCAGCAACGGACAGAUCUGGUUUGCUCUGCCUUGUGUGCUUUGUCACAGUCGCAGUUCCUGGGCGGAGAGAAGGAGGCGGCCCGACAAGCUGCCAGCACGGCGGCCAACCUCGCGCGCAAUGCAGGUGAUCGCUUGGCUGAGGCUACGGCCCUUGUACUCUCCGCCAAUACGUACCUAGCACUGGGCAAGAGUGAGGCGGCCAAGCAGGCAUCCAGUAAGGCCCUGUACGUGUUCGAGGAAGGGUUCGAGACUACGUUGGCCAGGACUUGGCAAAGGCGACCCUGGAUGCUGUGA